UUCAGAAACUAUUUCACCAUUCAAUUUUGUUUUCAUGAAUCGUGCUGAUUUGAACUCAACAAGUAUCCCUCUUUUACGAAUUCAAAACAUAACACGAAAAACCAACCGUUUUGCGCAAUGGAAGAAUCUCAUCAAUCCAUGCUUGAUUUUAAUUGCAAUUUUAGUUAUAUCAGCACCAGUUGCAUUUUCAUUAUCAGAGUUAAUAAUGGUGGCUCGUCAUAAAAGUGAAACAGUUUCAAAUUUGAUUAACAUGCUUAUUCCAUCAUCGCAAACAUCAAGAACUACGAUGAAAACAAAUAAUUCACCUACAACAAAACUUGUUCAAAAAAGCAAUGAAAAAGUUUCUCCUCCUGCUGCAUCGUGUGGAAAGCGAAUUGUUGGAUAUUUUGCAGAAUUCGAAAACUCUCCUCUAUCAAAAAAACAACUGCAAAUGUUAACACACAUUAUUUACCUGUUUGCUAUUCCAAAAAAUGGAAGUUUAACUUUUCGCGAUGAAAGUUCUCGCCGAAAAUUUGUGGCGAUGAAAAAUGAAGCAAGGAAGGAAAGCAGUACUUUAAAAGUAAUGAUCAGCAUAGGCGGACAGUAUAGCUCUGGUGAAUUUUCGGGAUUGGUGUCCAAGGAAACGUCACGAAAUUUGUUUACCAACUCCAUUGUCUCCUUUGUUCAAAAUUACGAUAUAGAUGGAGUCGAUAUAUUUUGGACAUGGCCAAAAUACAGCGAUGAGAACAACUAUUUAAUGUUUAUUCGAGAACUUCGAUACGCAUUCACGGAACUCCAAAAGAAAUUGAAUAGAAAAGAAACUUUUGUGAUUAGUUUAGUGAUCUCCAGGAAUGUCAACCAUUUAUCUAAUUUGGUGGAAUUCUCAAAUUUUGUCGACUUUUUAAACAUUUACCUGUUUAAUAGUUUUUUAAAUCAAAUUGGACCAGACUCACCAUUGUACGGAGGAGGAAGCAGAAUCGUCGAUGAGAAUAUGAAGUAUUACAUUUGUAAAUCUGGACAGCCAAGUAAAUUCAAUAUAAUUGUCUCGUUCCACGCAACAUAUUGGAACGGCGCCGAAUUACCAUUACGUGAUGAUUCUGAUGAUAUAUGGAAAGAUAACAACUCUGGAAGAUUACCAAUUGCUUUACCUCGGAGGCAACUACGUCAAUACAACUGGAACCUGACCGACAUUAAAUUUCAUAAUCUAACGAAAACUUCAUAUAUUUGGAUUCCUGGUCCACCUACCCGGUUUAUGACAUUAGAAGAGGAAAGAAGUUUGAGAGAAAAAAAUCGAUAUGUUGCUGAUCAUAAUAUUGGAGGAAUAACCAUGUGGACAAUUGAUCAGGAUGAUGAUGAUCACACUCUUUUGAAAGUUGUAUCUUCUGCUGAAUUAUGCACUGGAGAUGAGAAGAAUACGAUAAAAUACAAGUGUGAAUGAGUGAAUGUAAUUAUUUCAAAUUCAUUUUUCUGUUGUUCCCGUUCAAAAUGAAUGUCUCAAUAACUUGAAAAUUGGAUAAAUCAUUAAUAUAUA